CAACCGGGGAGGACGCACGUCACUGGCCACUCGGUCGCCCCGGGAUUCCCCCCCACCAUCAUCAUCACCACCACCACAUCACCACCAUCAUCACCAACACCACAUCACCACCAACACCACCACAUCACCACCAUCACCACCACAUCACCAACACCACCACAUCACCACCACCACCACAUCACCACAUCACCACCACACCACAUCAUCACCACCACCACAUCACCACCACACCACCACCACAUCACCACCACCACAUCACCACCACCACCACACCACAUCAUCACCACACCACCACCACAUCACCACCACCACCACACCACCACCACCACAUCACCAUCCCCGCCGGCUUGGCGUGAAGCUCGCCCGAGCUCCUUCAGCAGAAGCGACGACUCCGGCGCCAACGCGGCUGCCGCACAGACCUGCGAACAGGCAGGCCAUCGAGGCAAAGCUGCUGAGCCGCUUUGCCAAACGCAAGCGCGCCGGGGACUCCUGGACCCGCGACGAUCGCGGCCCGGGCCCCGCGGCGAUGACGACAUCGGCAGCGGAUGACGACGACGACAACGACGACAACGAGAUGGAGAACACCGAGGCGAUGGAGGAGGAGGAAGAGGAGUGGUGGACGGUGGGCGAGGACUGGGCCGAGCAAGAGAGCCCCCCCCCGAAGCGGUGUCGCUUUGGGGGCGGCAGCGGCAGUGGGGGGGACCGCCCCCCGGACUCGGAGCUGAUGCAGGGCGCCCUGUGCCUGUCGAUCGCCAAGAUGAACGCGUACCGCGCCCACCGCGAGCCCUGCCUCCGGCGCUCGGUGCUCGUAGCCAACAUGACGCACCGGCUGAAGAAGGACAUGCGUGCCAAACGGCGGAGGCGCCGCUGUGCCGUGACGGCGCCGACGGCGACGACGACGCCGGCGCAGUUCCUCGACGCGAGAGUGACGACACCGCCGAUCGACCUCGCGACCCGCGGGCCGCUCGUGCCCGACACUCCGUCGAGGGCUGCGCCUGCCGAGAUUGAUGCCGCGGCAGCCGUGCGGUCACCGGCGCCGUGGAGCGGUGGCGAAGAGUCGCGGCGCGGCGCGUCGGCGGCGGCGGCAGCUGCGUCCGCUGCAGCGCCAGCAGAAGCGGCGGCACCUUUCGCGUGGCCUACAGAAGAGCUCUUCUGGAAGCCAAGUUGCAGCUGGGACGAGGGCACGGAGCUGUCGACGGUGUCGCUGACAGAUUCCCUGCUGCAGGCGGCCGGGCUCAGCGGCCCUGAUCCCACGUACCUCGCCAUGGACCUCUCGCACACGCUCGACGACAUCUUUGCCGAGAUCGACACGGCGCUCUACGACUUUGACCUCUUCUCUCCGGGAGUGCUCGCGAGCUGCGCCGCUGGCAGCACCGGCGAUGGCGGCGCAGCGCCGGUCUUGGCGGGCGGUUACGGCGGCGGAGAAAGCGAUGGAAGCGGAGACCCGUGGCUGCGGUGCUUCCCGGUGGCGUGUGGCAGCGAGGCGUCGGGGACGCCCGCAUCACAGUGGAAAGCGGAGCUCUCCGAUUUGGAACACAUCAUGGAGGUGCUCGUGGGGUCAUGACACCAGGCACAGGAGUUGUGACCCCCAGGCCCAAUAAGUUCCGUCUUAUUUAUUAAAUAUGGAAGGUGUACUUUUUGCAGAAGAGAAACCCGAACCAUUGACGGAAAACGCAGACGUUUGUGUGCGCGCGCCUGAAAUGCGUUUUUUUAUUUUAUUGUUUUGUUACCGUAAACGUCGUUAUUUUAAACCUACAAAGGCAAACGUAGGUAGACACUUUUAAACGGUGGCGCGAGAUGAUGGAACCUCAAGCAACGGAACUGAAGCCUGACCCAACAUGCAACAGCACAACUUACUCCAUUGCCAUGUGAUGUCAACAAUGAGUUUUAAUACACAAACCCCAAACUUGACGACAAAUGCACUCGGGGCCGGCUUGUCAAGGGUUUAGCCGACACGAGCCGGGCUGUUGGGCCGAAGUGUUGGCAGCAUUGCUGUCUUGUAACCCCCUCUCGCUGAAAAUAUUCCCCGUUGCCGCGUGCGUCUGCAAUGCACGCUAAUUUCGACUGUCAAAGAAACGCCAGUCUCAACAGAUUUUAUUGUUUGCGUGCACGAUACACGAUGUUACCUUCAGGGAAAAGGUAGAGGAGUCGAGCGCGAUAACAACGAUGCGAAGAAUAUUACACUAAAAUCUCGAAUAUUGAGUUGAAUUGUAGCCCCCGAAUUUUAAAGAUUCUUUGCGGACCUGUGGGAGUGCGAAUCGCUCCACGCCUUCUUGCGGACCUGCUUGUGGACCUGCUUGUGGGAGUGCGAAUCGCUCCACGCCUAGGUCACACAGUUGGCAAGGGAUUCAUCUUUUGCUGAAAUUUUUUUCUGGGGUCCUCCAGAGGACUAGAUUAAACCAGCGGGGGUGGCACGUGGUUAGCAAUAGUAGCCGUAGCCAGACGUGUGUCUGUAGGUAUAUAUUCUGGGUGUGGUGUGCCAGGGUACCGAAAUGUUUUCUGGGUCGCCAACCUGAACCCUGGUCACGCACGGACGUGCACACAUGGUAACCCGUGUUCAUCGUCCUUGCACGGGUUCGACAAAUGAACUGCAAGGGGUGCCAAUGCCACCCGACUGAAAGUUUCCUGGAACCGUUGCCCGUGUGCGUGUUCACGCCGGCUGAGUGGGUGGGGGGCGUACUUACCCCCCCCCCCCCGCCCGAUGAAGAGUGACUUUAACAGCCGGAAUGUUGAUCAAAAUAUGUAUUUAUACCGGAGGAAUCGGAUGAGCGAUAAGGCUCUUUUUUCACUGAUGUCCAGUAGAUUUGUAUAGUCCUGACCAAGAAUGUAGUCGUGGUUGUGGGUGGAUCUGGAGCGCAAAGGGGAAGGGAAGUGGGGCGAGUAGUUUUUGUGGUUGGUGGUAAAAACAUCAGCACGACAGCGAUUAAUUUAAUUGUCUUGAAUUGAAGCUUUCAUGACUGCAGGAAUCCAUACUCUUUGGUUAUUUCGGUAAAGUCACGUAGGUAGAAAAAAUAAUAGAUCACGACGUUUCGAUCGCAACGCAACCAAUCGUCGUCAGGCGGAAGAAAGAGGAGGUAAGCUGCUGAUGCAGGCUGCUUGUAAAGGUUAGAGAUUUGCGUAGCCCCAGAGUCAUAAACGAAGUGGGGGGGGGGGGGGGGGCUAGUGAUGUUAAAAUGAGACAUUUGCAUGUAAAUGUACUGUGUAAAUGUGAUUGGCAUGUCAAUGUAAGCUCGCAGCGCGUCGUCUACCUACCUGAUGUUUCAUUAAUUAAAACAAAAAUUCCAAAUUUAGAACCCAGUCAUAACUCGGUUAUUGGCAGCUGUUUAACUGCAGCUAAGAGAUGUGGUUCCCUGUCGAUGUGUAGGAGUUAAUCUACAGGUCUCGCGGCAAAACAAGUGUUCCCGCCAUGCGUGCUUUGCGUUUUGGUAUAAAACUGAACUGAAUUAAAAUGGCGACCAAGCCACCACAUUCCUCUGGCUGCUAAUCCAAUGCCGUGGUGAGAGCAGCUAUGAGGUCAUCUACCAUUAUAAUGGUUUAUCUAACAGGCCUUGGUGUGGCCAGGUUGCCAUGGGCCAUUCAUGCAAAGAGUGAAAUGUGGGGCCUCCUGCAAUAUCUCACCCUCACCCCCCACCUCCUGACUACGUAGGCCGGAGCUUGGUGCUUCUGGUCCAGUUACACCUUCUGCACACUCGAAAGCUGCACCUCUGGUUCCCAAUAAUGAUAGUUUCACACGGGGCGGUUGGGAAGAGGACACAGCGAGGAGAUCUUGGGUCAACGGGAGUCUGAAAUUUCACUCCACUGUCGCCUCGAAGUAAAUUUGGCAUGGAACCCAUCAAUGGGAGCCAGGGCGAAGAUAACUGGGGGUAUGGACAGUUCUUUAUGCAGCUCAAUUUCCAAUCUGUCCCAUAGCCCCUUCUUGCGGCUCCUAAGUGGAUUAUUAUUUUGUUGAUGAUUACUGUCAACCCAAUGGUUUCACAGGUGUUAAGUAAAAUGCCAUCCAUCACACAUUUAGAAAAAGUGUAUACCCUUUUCAUGGGAUCUGUUAGCCCACUACCUUUUACGUAUUACAUUCGAAGCUAUGUUAAGAUGUGUAUUCUAAAAGCCAACAAAAAUGCAUUGUGUAUGUCUGAACAUAAUUUAGUAGUGUGUAUGCAUGUAAAGGUUGAUCCAUUUAUAGAUAUGGGGAGAUUCCAGAUAAAGCUAAAUUUUAUUUAAAAGCCUCUACUCGCGUCUCACCAGUUUCAACACACUUGAUAAAUUGUGUAACACCUCCACCCCCCCCCCCCUCUCUAAGAUACCGAGCCAUCACUUUCACAUUGCCCCUUGAGAAGCAGGAAGUAAGUGAUCAUCGUAAAUCAGUAAGGCGUCUUUAUAUUUGAAAAUAAGCGGACAAUGUCUCUUUCACAAACGUGUGCACAGAGCCUUCCGGGGGCGCAUAAUUUCGGCAGCAUUGAUACAAAAAUAGGCAAACUCUGGGCCAGUUUUGAUAAACAGUUGUCCCAUCAGCAGCAGAGUCGGGCUUGCUUGUGGUGACGCUGGUGAGCCAGAUCUUACAGGCAAGGGGCUCACUGUACGACGCAAAAUUCUAAAGCAAUCCAUAACUUGAAAUAAUCUUGAGCUUCGCUGUGGAGAACAAUCUUACUAAAUGUUCUCCACAACGACGCUGUCAUUUUGAGUUAUUAUCUAUAAAUGGAUCACCCUGUGUCGUGUGGAAUUGAGGACACAUUUUAAAGACUUUUUU